CGUUGUUUGUAUAAUAUGCUAAAAACGCAAUAGAGUUAAUUUAUCUUCUUGAUCGUUUGCAAAGCAUAUUAAUAUGAUAGUAUGAUGUUAUUGUUAUGUAAAUCUUAGUUAAUAAUUAAAAUCUAUAAAAGAACUAAUGGAAAAUGGCUAGUGCUCUAGGACCAGCCGAAAUGGAUGGAGGCUGGGCAGAAUUUUGCGAGCGUCAUGCAAAAUUAAUGUCUCAAGAUUUUGCUAAAGCCUGUGUACAAUAUAUUGCCGUAAAUCUACCGGAAAACGCUAGGAACAGUGUCUCUCACAGAGAUUUUAUGAAAAAGUUUAUUGAAUGUUUUCAAGAACAAUUUGAAAUAGAUUUCAAUAUUAAACGUCGUUUGCAUCAAAAUCACAAGUUAACAAACGGGUCAACAGUAUUAGAAGAGAGCGAUUAUAGCGAGGACACAGAUAGUCCUAAAACACAACAUAAACCAUUUUUUAGAAGAUUGAGUUUUAAAGGUCUUCGAAAAGGUAGAAACUUCUUCAAUAAGCAAAAUUCUGAUGACAGCGAUGUGUCAGGGCGCCAAGCUAAAACUAAAUUAGCAAAGAUUGUUGUAGAAUGUAGAAAGGAAGGUUUAGUUAAUUAUCUGACCCCUGAAAGCUUAGAGCAACCUGGGGGGCCACAGAAAUGGGAAAGAUGUCGAUUGGCUUUAGUUAAAACUGUCGGAGGCUACAUGCUAGAAUUUUAUUCUCCACCAAAAGCAACAAAGCCAAGAAGUGGAGUAUUUUGUUUUCUUGUUACUGAAGCCCGAGAAACCACAGCACUUGAAAUGCCUGAUCAUGAGAACACAUUUGUCUUGAAGGCAGACAACAAUAUGGAAUAUGUUAUUGAAGCUCACGAUACCGAUGACAUGAGAUCUUGGUUAGCAACAAUAAAAUACUGUAUGAGAAGCCCUCCAAUGGCUUUGAAUGCAUCUCACAACACAAACAAUGCUUCUGGAAAUCCUACUUCUCCUUCUUCAGGUGUGGGCGAUUCAGGUGCUGAUGCUUUAGUUCCAGAGUUACCACCAAGGAGAGCAGGAGACAGAAUUUCAAGUUCAAGUAAUUUUGAACUUGGAGAGGAUCUCGAACCUGUACCUGAAACAGAUACAGAACUUACAUCUCAGUUAAGAGAAUAUCCUUGGUUUCAUGGGACAUUGGCGAGAUCUGAAGCAGCUCAGCAAGUUUUACAUAGUGGCUCUUCUGGUCAUGGUGUAUUUCUAGUCCGACAAAGUGAAACAAGGCAAGGAGAAUUUGUUCUCACUUUUAAUUUCCAGGGGCGAGCAAAACAUUUGCGCAUGACCCUGAAUGAACAAGGCCAAUGCAGAGUGCAGCACCUAUGGUUUCCUACUAUAUUUGAUAUGCUAGAUCAUUUUAGACAGAAUCCUAUACCAUUAGAGAGUGGUGGAACUUCAGAUGUGACUCUUACUGAUUAUGUGGUGUAUGGCGAUGGUGCUCUUAACAAUUCUCAAGGCCCAUUUAAUAUGGCUGACAUCCGACUAAGGUCCCAUGAAAUAUUGGAAAAUUGCGAAGUUCGUGCAGUGGAAAACCAGUACAGUUUUCUAUAAUGACAUUUUAAACUGUUUUUAUAAAGUGGAUUGAGUAGCUUUAAUAAUGUCAGUUAAGUAAUACUCAGGAAUAAAAAUUUAGAGAUUAUUGGUUUAAAAAAA